AUGGCAAAUGCAGCUGCGUACAUUGGGCUAUCCCGCAAUGGAAAAAUAGACAAGCAAGCAGAUCUUCUGGACAGAGACCCUAUAAGCAUGCGCACCUACAUGAGCCUAGUCGCUGAAUCACACAAUAAAAAAAGAGACAUCAUAUUGGCUUUGGUUAUCCCUGAAGACGACCCGAAUGUACCGGCAGACGACAAUAUUCCGACAGAAAUCGCGUCAAAAGGCAUUGUUUAUCUGGCUGAGUGCAUAAACAUGCACAGAUUCUGCGUCUCCACAAGCAACCCCAACGUCAUUGCCGUGUGCAAAAAGAACGUGGUUGACCCGAACAUGCUGUGCCCCAUAAAGACAAUAUACUACUACAUGGCAAAGCACAGCCAAAUAAGCGCUCUAAUGCAGGGCCCAGGGGGGAAAGAGGGGAUAAACAUGCUUCGCCUGCUGGAAGACUCUCCCACAGCAGUUGGCGAGAUGGUGGAGGGAAACCCCGUGAUCACGUGCCACUGGAUAGGCACGGAAAACGACUAUUUAAGCAACAGCGUCUUUCACACGUACCUCGAGAAAAACAAGGCGCUGGAAAAUGUUUUUGACGCAGAGGAGCUCUACAUGCAGGAGGUGGAAAAAGAGAAAAAAGUGCUCAGAAUUAUUAUAUUUGCAGUAGCCUUUCUUCUCUGCGUCUCUUUCUCUGUUCGGGCCUUUGCCUUGGAAAUGUCGUAUUUCACUGCCUGCUUGUACGCGGCAGCUGCUUCUGGGUGCGGCCUUAUGUGGUACAUGAACGAGCGAAUAUAG